AUGCCAGGUCCUCUUUAUCGUGAUCCAUGGGCAGCAAGAGAAGCAUGGAGGAAAUCACCUAUAUUUAGUAACAGAGCCAUGUUCAGAAACAUGUUCCCAGGACUCGGUACGGCGGUAGUAGCAUUCACAGCUUACGUGAUAUAUGAUGAUUAUUUCGCUAAGAAAUCAUCACAUGAUCAUGGUUCAUCAACGAUUGCCCAUUAG